AUGGCCUCCAAGUCGGCGCUCUCCAAGAGCACCCGUAUCAAAAUCAUGAUCGGUAUUGAUACUGCCUUUUUCCUCCUUGAACUCAUAUCCGGCUUCGUUGUUCAUUCUCUCGCCCUUACCGCCGACGCCUUCCACAUGCUCAACGACAUCAUCUCCCUCAUUAUCGGUCUCUGGGCUGUUGUCGCUUCGCAAAAGGAAACUACUGAUGAAUUCACUUUUGGCUGGGUUCGCGCCGAGAUCCUGGGUGCCUUCUUCAACGCCGUCUUCCUCAUCGCUCUCUGCGUUUCCAUCAUCCUCGAAGCCCUCACCCGAUUCGUCGAGCCUCCCGAGAUCACCCAGCCCAAACUUAUCCUCAUUGUCGGUACUGCUGGUCUAAUCUCUAACCUGCUCGGCUUUGUUGUUCUCGGCGGCCACGGCCACGACCACGGUCACGGUGACGAGGAACAUGGCCACGACGACAGUCACGGCCAUGAACACAGCCACUCGCAUAGUCAUGACAUCGACGAGGAGCGCCGCAACGUCGCCGACGAGUCCGGUCCUGUUGAGGACGUAUACCCCGAUGUUGUCGUCGGCAGGCUCACAGCCGCCGCCCACGCCCGCGCUUCGUCCGAGAGCCAGACACGCGGUCGUCGCCUCUCCGGCAAGGCCCAGCAGCACUCGCGCUUCACCAGCAUUGACGACAUGAGCAUCCACCCCUCCAGCUUCCGCCAGGACAUUAUUGCCGCCGGCCUGCACCACCCACCCGCUCAGCAGGACAGCGAAUCCUUUACUGAUGAGCCUACCGCCGACGAGGCCGAGGCAACCGAGACCUCGCCCCUCCUCCACGACUCGAAGGGCAGCAACAAUGGUGCCACUGCCAUCAAGCCUCGCACCACCAAGACCAAACACCGAACCCGCCGAAACUCGAGCGUCCACGCCGGUCACAACCAUACCCUCCCUCAGAAGGCUGGCAAGACUACUGGCCACAACCAUGCCGACAUGGGUAUGAACGCCAUGAUGCUCCACGUUCUCGGCGAUGCCCUCGGCAAUGUCGGCGUCAUCGCAACUGCCCUCGUUAUCUGGCUCACUGAGUGGCCCGGCAAGCACUAUGCUGAUCCAGCCGUCUCGCUCUUCAUCACCCUCAUUAUUCUCAAGACGUCGAUCCCCCUCACCCUUGCAACGUCGCGCAUCUUGCUGCAGGCCACCCCUGAGAACAUUAGCAUCAAGGACAUCCGUCAGGAUAUCGAGAGGCUGCCUGGCGUCGUCAGCUGCCACCACAUCCACGUCUGGCAGCUCUCGGACACCAAGAUUGUCGCCAGCAUGCACCUCCAGGUUGAGUUCCCCAUCAACACCCACAGCGGCGAAAAGUACAUGCAGCUCGCCAAACGUGCCCGCAACUGCCUCCACGAGUUUGGCAUCCACAGUGCCACCAUCCAGCCCGAGUUCUGCCUCGACCAGGACCACGAGCACUUGAGGGAUGCUGCUGCGCUGACUCUCGACGGACAGAAUGACCCUACCGCCCCUUGCCUGCUGGAGUGCAUUGAAGAUUGCCAGGGCCAGAGCUGCUGCACUGCAGAAGGCUCCUCCAAGUCGCCAUCUGUCCGACGUGCAAGUGACUCGUCGCACGCUUAA